AUGGGUCUCCAGACAGCGGUGCAUGUGGUAAUUCAGGAAUACGGCGUGGACACUUCAGAGAUAGAGGGUUCCCUCAACGACUACAGGUCGCUGAAUGAAUUCUUUGCUCGGCGCCUGAGGCCAGGAGCGAGACCCAUCGACUCGCCGGGGGAUGCGAGGCAUGCAGUGCAGCCGGCAGACGCGCGGCUGCAUGUGUUUGAGAGCGCGAGUGAGGCGACGCGGAUCUGGAUCAAGGGAGAGGGCUUCACGGUGGGGAAGCUGGUCGGAAGGCAGCUGGCCAAACGCUUGGAUCUGCAAGGCUGCAGCCUUGUCAUCUCUAGGCUAGCACCGCAGGAUUACCACCGCUUUCACUCCCCGGUCAGCGGCACACUGCGCAGCUUUGAGGGCUCCGGCUCAGAGCUAUACAGCGUCAAGCCGGUGGCUGUGCGCAGCAGCAUAGAUGUGUUUGGGGAGAACAAGCGGCUAGUGGUGGAGAUUGGGUCGGCCGAGUUUGGCAGCGUGGUGUACGUCAUCAUUGCAGCCGUGCAAGUUGGCUCCAUCACCAUGACCACCAAGGAGGGCCAGCAAGUCACCAAGGGUCAGGAGCUGGGCUACUUCAGCUAUGGUGGAUCCACGGUCAUCACAGUGUUCCAGCGGGGAGCAAUAAAGUACGACGCAGACCUGCAAGCCAACAGCCGGAAGGCCACAGAAACACUGGUGCACAUGGGCUCCUCCCUGGGCGUUGCCACUGGGAAAUGA